CUCGGCGAUCGCCGAACAGAGCGUGCCAGGUGAAAUGCACUGGGGAAGGUGCAAACGCGCCCUCCAGACAGCAGUGCGGGGCCAGGCAUCGUAGAAGGUUCCUUUUCACCGUCCCGGGGGACAAAGCAGAAGGACAACCAAACGACUGAUGGAGGGCUGGCCCAGUAAAGAACCUUCUCUACAUCUAACAUAAAUCAAGCCUGCUGAUGGUUUCUGGUGGUGAGUCGUCCUUUCCAAAUAUAAGAGGAAUAAAGAAGUCACUUCCCCAGCUGUCAUCAUCUGCAAACAUACUGAGCAAGAAUAUUUCAAGCACGACAGAAAAGACAGUCUGUCAAACCCUAGAAGAUGAUCAGCCAUCUGAUUUUUUCAAGAAAGGGAAUAGGGUGACGAAGUCUCAUCAGAAAAGCAGCAAUAUGAACGGUGGCCCGUCUUGGAAUAAAGUACAACGUUCAAAAAACCCUUCAGGAAAGAGGCAGAGUCAAUCCCAAGUGCCCCGUGUGUCCUCCCAGCCUCCUGCAGAAGGACUCCAGGACAGCAGGUCCCCAGAAGGAAAACCCAAAAGGAGCCCACCGGGCCCCCAGCGGCGGGGCGCCUCAGAGAAGGAGCUGUUUCUGGACCUGCAGUGCAUGAAAAUCCUGAAGGAGGGUGUGGGCGAGGAUGAGGACAGCGCCAGCGACCUAUCGGACUCGGAGCGGGUGCCCCUGCUGGGGUCGGUGCGCGCGCCCCCGGAGCUGCACCUGCGCGCGGAGGAGAUACACGCUACCGACCCGGGCUUGGAGUCAGACUCCGAAGCUGAAGCCCGGGGCGGCGCGCAACCCUCCUACCAGUAUGCGGACUUCCUGCCCGCCCCGUUCAGCUCCUGGGACCUCCGCGACCUGGCCGUGCCGCCCGGCACCGAGCCCAGGCCCGCAGCUCGCUGCGGCGCUGUAGGGCCACUCGCCAGGUACAUCGACAGGCUGGUCCAGCUCGAGUGGCUGCAGAUGCAGACCGUCCAAGGUGAGAAGGGGAAGGGCGCCAAAGCCAAGCCUCCCACCGUCCCUGGCAUGUCCCCGGGGGCUCUGAAAAGCCCAGGCAGAAGCAAGCUGGUGGCCAGUGCUGCGGCCAGGCCUCCCCAGGAGGGGGCUUGCAAGCCGGGCGCUCCGGGCGCUUCCCGGAGGAAGGAGCUGCACCCAGAAGAAGCCCGACCGUCCUAUUACGCGUUUGACACAGCCAAAGGCCUCCGUGCACCUCGGGCCAGCAGGCCGAGUUCUCAGAAGCCAGCCCUUGACGUGAGGACAGAAGAGCAGAGAAAGAAAGUCAAUAAGAGCCCCAGACUCCAGCGCUGGGACCUGCCCUGCGGUGACAGUGGCGGCGCCAGGGCUCCCGCGCAGGGGGCGACCCCCCGCGACUCCGCUACCCCCGGCGGGGCGGCCAGAACGCAGGCACACGCGGGCCUGAAGAAGAAGGGCGGAGCGAGCAGCUGUGUCCCCGCCGCCAUAGCCAGCGAGAAGAAACCCAAAACCAAUGGAGUAAAGCCAAGCACGUACAAAUUCAAGUAAGAACCGAAAUGAUGCGUUGCAAAGCCCCGCAGAGUGCUAAACGUCAGAGCUCGUCCGAAGGUUGGCACACUGUGAGUCCGAGGACGUUUUCUGGCGACCCACAGGCGAGUCCUGGGGUGGUCCCGGGGUGCAGCCGGCUGGGGCUUAUUUACAAGGAAAGGCAGCUUUCAAUGAGCCUUUCUUCGUGCCGGCGAUCUUAAGCACAUGAGAGCCCUUUAGCUUCAUGAGCCCAGGUCUGCGCCAUAUAACGACAUACAAUGACCGGUCCAAACUGGACGCUGCUGCCAGCCGCACACCCCCAGCUGCCCCCCAGCUGCCCCCAGCCCUGGGCACCUGCAGGUAGAAGGUCCUGCAUACCGUGUUCAACUGUGCAGAGCCUGAGACGUUUGAAAGAGGGUUCUCCGUGCCCUUCUAAACCGUCCAGACAGAAAUCCUGUCUACUUCAGGCCCAGGAGGGGCCACAGCCCUUCCUCUCAUUCGGGAGCCCCUUUUGGAGCAAAGUCAUGGAACACUGAGCUGCUUGUUCUUUCCAGACAGUGGAAUUAAUAUUUUUAUAGUUUUUUGUUUCAUUUUGUUUUUUAAGGCAUUUGAAACUCAGAGGUGGUGGUGAAAUCCACCUUUGUGUUCUCUACCCAGAGAUGAAAGCAGUGCCCAGUGGGUCUCAGCAGAACCCCUCCUGCCUGGUGGGAGCCCAGAGUGGAGCACUUGGCACCCAAGCGACUCUGGCAUAUGUGUGGCUUCUGGAAAAGGUAUGCAGUAAAGCCACGGUUUGUGGAGUCUGCACGGAAGGCCUGCCACGAACCGUAGAUACACAUGAGAGCACUGUGACUGUGACCAGCACCCCAUUACUGACUCGGGACCUGUGACCAGCACCCCAUUACUGACUCGGGACCUGUGACCAGCACCCCAUUACUGACUCGGGACCUGGGGCCAGCACCCCAUUACUGACUCGGGACCUGUGACCAGCACCCCAUUACUGACUCGGGACCUGGGGCCAGCACCCCAUUACUGACUCGGGACCUGGGGCCAGCACCCCAUUACUGAUUCGGGACCUGGGGCCUGCUGUAGGAAGCCGACAUGACAUGAUCUGUUUUACUUUGUAAGAGCAGGAUCUUAUCACCUUGCUUCAGGGCGGGGGGGGGGCACAUUUCCAGAUUGGGGGGUGUCUUCUUCACAAACAGUGGGUCCUGUGGCCCCCCCGACUCUUCUAGAAGCUUCUUACUUAACCACCACUAAGCUGGGUCUACGUAGGCCUUCAGUCGCACUGUGAGGCCUCUGUUAAUAAUGUAAAAUCUUUAAAACCUUUGGUGGACCACUGGAUAUACAGUAUGUUUUAAUCACAGAAGCCAAUUUAUCUCUUGAAAUGAUUA